AUGCCGCCUGCUCGUAAGAGAUUGGCUAAGGGAAAUGGUCAGAAUGUGCCUGCCCGACUCACUAGAUCCAGGAUUGCAACUGCAUCUGUGGAUGACAUUGAGGAGGCACAACCACCAACACAUCCACGCGUGAAAGAGGCACCUAGUAGGAAAAAGCGUGGCAAAACCAAAGGGUAUGCUGUGAAAAAACGAUUGGAGGAAGGACAAAAGAUUGGAGGAAUCAUAAUUGAGGAAGGCGCCAAAGCACCAGUGGGUAGCAAUGAAAACUUGUUCAAGAUGGAGAUGGGAGUUGUUGUUCGUGUACUAGCUCCGAUUAGGAAGUUCUUUUGGACUGAAGUCACUGAGGAAGAAAAGCUGCCUCUCUUUGCAAAAAUAGAGAGUGAGUUCGACAUAGAUAUGAGUGAUCCACAUGUGAGAGAGAUGGUAGAUGGGAUUAUUGCUGCUCGGUUUAGAAGAUUCAAGCACAAUUGCCACCAACAUUAUAAGAAGGAAUCUGAUCCUAUCAAAGCUCGAGAGAACCCCAAGAAAACAGUGAAUAUCGAUGACUGGAAGGUGUUGUGUGAUCAUUUUGAAAGCCCUACUUUUAAGAAGCAAAGUUUAGCUAAUGUUCAAAAUAGAGCCAUGCAGAUCCAUCCUCAUACCAGAGGUGCUAAGUCACAGAGUCAAAGGUUGUAUGAACUGAACAAUAAGGAAGCAGCUGUUGAACCAACCGAGAAUGAUGCAGAGGAGAAUGUACCAGCAGAAGCCUCUGAGCCUCCAGAACUACGGGUGUAUGCUGAUACACGUAAGAAGCGCGAUGGACAAUGGAUCAAUCCUGCAACCAAUGCAGUCAAAAUCGCGUUUUAA